AUGACAAACAAUUUGAUCAGGCAAUAUUAUUAUUAUUAUUUUCUUAUUAUUAUCUCAUGUUAUAUAGUUCCAUUGAUUAAUGCUGAUAAUAUUACUGACUAUCAUUCCAAUGAAACAGUCAUAGAAUUUAAUACAACUUUAAGUAGUUUAGCAACAAUAGAUAAUGUUUCGGAUGAUGAUAUUUUAAUUAAUAAUAAUAAUAAUACUACCAACAGCAACAUCAAUAAUAAUAAUUCAACAUCUGUAACAUUUAUUAAUUCGACUUUAGUUUCAACAUCCGUUCCAUUAGCAACAACUGAUGAUGAUGAUGUAACUGAAUCGGAUACAACUCUCAAUGAAAUAAAUGAAUUAACAACAAUGUUAAUAAAACUUUCAACGAAAAAGCAUGAAGAACAAACUACAUAUGUUUCUGUUACAUCUUGUGAAGUAUCGAAAUAUGGUUGUUGUACAGAUGGAGUGACAGAACGAACUGGCCCAAAUAAUGAAGGUUGUAAUGAUAAUAUGACAAUUUCAAAUAGUACAAUGGAAUCUCUCAAUGAAACAGAUUUUGUUAGUACAUCUGCGAAUGAUAAUAUGACAAUAACAACAGAAACAAGUGAUACUUUAUUUGAAACUUCAACAGAAAAUAUAACCUUAAAUACAAAUGAAACUAAUUUUGCUCAAGCUGAUCUUGUUAAUAAUACUAGCGUAGAUUUGGAUAAUGCUACUAGUGUUAUUUUGGAUAAUAUUACUACAGUUGUUUCGGAUGAUACUACUACUACUGCUACCAACACUACUGCUACCAAUACUAAUACUACUACUGUUAAUACUACUGCAGUUCCUUUUGAUAAGCUUACGACAGAAAUAUUCGAAAGUAGUACAACAGAAUUUAUUGAAACUACUACUGAAACUGUUACAACUACAUUACAAUCUACUUUAUGUGCUGAUAGUGAAUUUGAAUGUUGUCCAGAUGGAGAAACACGAGCACAAGGACCACACUUUAAAGGAUGUAAUACAACAGAGACAUAUAGUAUACCAAUACCAACAAAACCUAUUUUAGAAACUAUUUGUGAAUUGGAAAAAGAUGCUGGUAGUUGUAGUAAAUAUGUUAAUAUGUGGGCAUAUGAUCGUCAGCAAGGUAAAUGUAUUCGAUUUUGGUAUGGAAGUUGUGAAGGAAAUGCAAAUCGCUUUGAAACCGAACAACAAUGUCAAGAAACAUGUGUUAGUCCAAAAGGAAUUGAAGUAUGUUUAUUACCAAAAAUGACGGGACCCUGUCAAUCAGCUAGUAUUCGUUAUUAUUACGAUCGAGAAAAAAAAGAAUGUCAAGAAUUUCGUUAUGGUGGUUGUAAUGGAAAUGCGAAUAAUUAUCCAACAGUAGAAAAAUGUCAAUCAACAUGUGUAAAAGAAACUAUCGAUCAAUGUACACAAUCUGUUGAAGUUGGACCAUGUAAAGGAGAAUAUUCUCGAUUUUAUUAUGAUACAGUAACAGGACAAUGUCGAUCAUUUGUAUAUGGUGGUUGUAAAAAGAAUAAAAAUAAUUUUGUUACAUUAAAAGAUUGUUUAAAUACAUGUGUAGAACCAAGACAAAAGGAUAUUUGUUUACAACCAAAAAUUAUUGGUACAUGUCAAGAACGUCGACCGACUUGGUAUUUUGAUAUCAAUGAACGUGAAUGUAAACUAUUUCAAUAUUCUGGUUGUAAAGGAAAUCAUAAUCGAUUUUCUACAAAAGAAGAAUGCGAUUUAUCAUGUUCAUCAUUAAAAACAUCGAAGACAUUCACUAAUGAUGUUAAAUCUAUUUGUAAUCUUGCAAUGGUACGUGGUAAUUGUGAUCAACAAAUUUCUCGUUGGCAUUUUAAUCCUACCGAUCAAUAUUGUCAUUCAUUUCAAUAUACUGGUUGUCAUGGUAAUGCUAAUUCAUUUGAAAGUGAACAAAAUUGUCGAGAUAUAUGUGAAGCAAAAGAAAAAGAUAUUUGUACGUUAGAAAAAGAUUCUGGUACAUGUGAUCAAUAUAAAAUUAUGUGGUAUUAUGAUUCCACAAGUCAACAAUGUAAAAAUUUUUAUUAUGGUUCAUGUGGUGGAAAUGCGAAUCGUUUUGGAACUGAACAAGAAUGUCAAAUAGGUUGUUUAAUUAAAACUGGAAAUUCAACUUGUUUACAACAAGUCGAUCAAGGUUAUGUUUGUAAUGAUACGAAAACAGCUCAAAAUGAAACAAUAAAUCCAAUAAUGAAAUUUUUCUAUGAUCAACAAACAAAACAAUGUACUUCAUUUCUAUAUCGUGGCUGCGGAGGAAAUGACAAUCGCUUCGAUGAAGAAAAACAAUGUAUUGACAAAUGUGUAGCCGAUGUAUCAUCAGUUAAUGAACAAGGUUGUGGAUCAAAUAUGAUUCGUUGUAAUAUUCAAUGUCGAUUUGGUUUUGAACGAGAUUCAAAUGGUUGUGAAAUAUGUCGUUGUUUUGAACCUUGUCAAAAACAACAAUGUCCAUCAGGUUAUGAAUGUAUUAUUAUUCCCGAACAAGUUCAAUGUAUACAAGCACCAUGUCCUGUUCCUAGAGUCGAAUGUCAACCAAUUAGUACUGAUCCAAUGGGUAAUGCAAAUGGAGGUAUUAAACCAUUAAUUGAAAACUCUAUUACAAAUAUAUUCUCACAAUUCGAUGCUAAUGUAACAAUUCCGUGUGUUCUACGUCAAGGUUUUCCAACACCAGUUAUAUAUUGGUAUAAAGAACGACAACAAUUACAAGUACAUGAAGCGAUGACUGGCGGUAUUAUAGUACGAAAAAUUGAACGAUUACCAGAUCAAUCAUUAUUAAUAAGAAAAGUAACACUUGAAGAUCAAGGUCUAUAUACAUGUCGAGCAAUAAAUGAUUUUGGACAAGAUAUAAAAGAUGUUCAACUUGAAAUAUUCGAUUCAAUUAAAGUUGAUAUUUAUCCCAUCAAUCGAAUAUAUCAACUUGGUUUUACUGCUAAACUUCAAUGUCGUGCUACAGGUUAUCCAUUACCACGUAUUAUUUGGAUGCGUGAUAAUACCCCAUUAGUUAAUUCAACUCGUACAACAAUUCAAAAUGAUGGUUCAUUAAUUAUUCAUCCAUAUAAACGAGAAGAUGCUGGUCCUUAUGUAUGCAAUGCAACAAAUAAAAAAGAAAGUGUAACACAAGUUGCAUAUUUAGAAGUGAAAGAAACUCAUAUUGAACCAACAUGUGAAGAUCAACCAACAUUUGCUAAUUGUGAACUUGUUCUUCGACAUAAUUUUUGUGACGUAUACUUUGAUUAUUGUUGUCGUACAUGUUCUCAACAUGCUCAAUAUUCUCCCGAAAAAUCUUCGACUCCACGAAAUCGUCGACAUAUAUUUGUAAAAUAA